CGUUUAGGCCGUGUGUCGUGUUUGUCUUAUCUGUCGUAACACCAACUGUUCAAAUGUAAUGUUUAUUCGAGGCCGUGUAUAAUGUAAACAGUAUUUCAUUGAACUUGUUUCUCGCUUAGUUCUACUUUAAAGGUCCAAAACGAAACCAGGGAGCAGAAAAAAACAUUCACUCGACCCGUCAUAAUACUGACCAUGUAUAGGCUUAUAACAGGCCGACAAUUAAUCCAACAUAGAGUAUUGAAAAGAAGCUUACACCCAAGACAUUUCUGUAAAGGAAGUAUAUACAAUGCUGUCAGUGAUGGGUCUCCUGAUGUACCAGCUAAUGCCCGGGUCGUCAUCGGUGGUGGAGGAAUCGUCGGUGCCUCCGUAGCUUAUCACCUUGCAGAGAGGGGCUGGACCGAUGUCACGUUGCUAGAACAGGGCAGGUUAACAUGCGGGACGACGUGGCACGCCGUGGGAUUGAUAGGUCAGGUCCGAGACACCCUGUCGACUACCAAGCUGAUGGGGUACAGCAAACAACUUUACAAAAAGCUGGAAAAGGAAUAUGGCGUUGGAUUAAAGGAAUGUGGAAGUAUCACUGUUGCUCAGACCCCAGACAGAAUGACACUUCUACGACGUAGCCAAUCCAUAGCCAAAGCUGCUGGCGUAGAAGCAACGCUGGUGACUAAAGCCGACAUACAUAAUCUAUGUAAAUGGAUCAGAACAGAUGAUAUUGAGGGCGGAUUGUGGAUCCCCGGAGAUGGAGCUCUGACCGCGCCAGACCUAGCUAUCACGUACGCCAAGGCAGCAAAGGCAAAAGGUGUACAGAUCAUCGAGGGCGUCAAAGUGAACAGAAUUAACACAUCUGAUGGCCAGGUAUCCGGAGUCCAGACUUCACACGGUCACAUCAGCUGUGAAUACUUCGUAAACUGCUCUGGACAAUGGGGUAGAAAUCUCGGACGACUAUCUGACCCACCAGUAAACAUACCCCAGCAUCCUCUUGAACAUUUCUACAUUGUGAGUCAGCCCAUCGAAGGCCUCGACCGGAUGAUGCCAGUUGUGAGAGACUACGAUGGCUUGAUAUACGCACGUGAGUGGAGCGGCGGAAUAAUGACCGGAGGGUUCGAACCUAAAGGAAAGCCCGUGUUCGGGGAGGCGGUGCCAGACAAGUUUGAAUUCCAACUACUGUCCGAAGAUUGGGACCACUUCCAGGUUCUGAUGGAUGGGAUACUGAACAGAUUCCCGAUACUGGAGACGACACAGAUCAGACAGUUCGUGAACGGGCCGGAGUCCUUUACUCCAGACAAUAUGUGGAAUGUGGGAGAAUCUGCCGAGGUGAAGAACUAUUUUGUGGCUACGGGUAUGGGAUCAAAUGGUAUAGCGGGGUCGGGAGGACUUGGCCGACAUAUGGCUGAGCUCAUCUCUGGGGAGCCGACCUCCGUCAACCUGUCCUCCGUUGACGUAAAGAGACACGCGCAACAACAGGGCGAUAUACACUAUCUUGCCAACAGAUGUGCAGAAGUCAUAGGUCGGUACAAACUGAAAUAUCCAGACGACCAGUACAAGACCGCCAGGGAACUUCUGGUUUCUCCUCUUCAUUCUAAACUCAUGGCAAAUGGGGCAUGCUUUGGAGAAGAGAGUGCCUAUGAAAAGCCUUUGUGGUUUUCGGACAACCAAGCUCCAUACAAUACAGCCAAGGGCACGUUCGGGAAACCCUCUUGGCUAGAGCCGGUAAGGGCUGAGUACUUGGCAUGCAAGAACCACGUGGGGAUGUUCGACGUUUCGUGCUUUACACAAAUUGAAAUCAAGUCUGCAGGUUCCGAGGCAUUAGAUGCUCUACAGACUCUCGUAUAUAGCUACAUAUCUGGCAAGGAAGGGGAAGUCACUCGAACAGGCAUGCUCAAUCCUCGCGGUGGCUUUGAACUCGUUUGUGAUAUUGUCACAACAAAAAGUAACAGUUUUAUUUUGCUAUGUCCCUCACCUCAAAAGGCUCGAUGUCUCACAUGGGUACGACGGCAUAUUCCCAAAGCUGUACAGGUGACCGACGUCAGCGGCACAUAUGCUGCGUUACAUCUUAUUGGCGAAAACGUCCUUAAAAUGUUAUCAGAAGUCACUGAUGAUAUGACAUCAAUUAGUCUCCAAUCUAAUUCACAGAUGGUCAACAUCGGACAGACCAAGGAUAUUGCAGUACUAAAACAGAAUCUAGCCGGGAUGGUUGGAACCACUCUCCUUGUCCCAUCACAGGGAGCAGUAGACGUUUAUGACACGUUGAUGAACGUGGGAGAGAAAUAUGGCAUCAGGAACGCUGGCCACCAUACACUAAGGUUAUUGCAGACCGAGAAUGUCUACCCCCAGUGGCUGAAAGACUUUACGUCCGGCACCACACCAAUGGUGACCGGCAUGGCGGACAUGGUCGAUUUUCAGAAGACAUCCUUUAUCGGAAAGGAAGCACUAAUAGCAGCAAGCAACAAGACAGAUGCCACUAUAGUAUGUCUGGAGUUGGAAGACUUCUGUGUUGAAGAGGACUCUUGGGUUUGGGGAGGGGAGCCGAUCUACUGUGAUGGCAGGGUAGCAGGUUCCGUAUCCUCCACGGGUUUCGACUUUACCAAGAACACAGUGUUGUGUAUGGGAACUGUGUCGCUGGCCAAAGAUAAACUAAGCUCCAAGUCAUUCCAAGUGGAUGUCUGUGGCAAAUCUUACAAAGUAGCUUUGAAGUGACUUUUUUGAGUUCAAUAAAUACGAUGGUUGUGGAGGUAGUGUCUUACAUAUCCGUGUAGAUUUGACAAUAAAGUCUUCUAAGUUUUCACUGCUUCCAGUCCGGAUAAUUUUAAAGCCAUAUCAGAUAAGACCAGUAGAUAAUGGUUGCUUCAUUAAAUUCGUAUGUAUUUUUUUAAAAUUAUUAUUAGCAAAUAGUUUCCAAACAACAUACAAUAAUAAAACCGAGAGUUUGAUAGGUGUGAUAACCGACCAUCUCAGGUAGGUUAACGUUUUCUUCAAUAGCAUCCAUAUAAGGAUGGAUAUCACACAAAUAGAACGUGUAUUAAACUCUGAAAAAGCACCAGCGUGUUUACCACAUCUAUUUAACAUGAUUUGUUGGAAGUGUUGCAAGGCAAUCAGAUACAGAUGCUAUGAAAACGAUCAACAGAAUUCAUAUAUAAUGCUUAUGGAAUUUUGAGUGUCCCGCACAACUAAGAUAACGUGAUAAUGGAAAUGUAACUUGGAUAUAGUUAUCAUGGAAACGUUCCACAGAACUAUGAUACAGUGGUCAUGGAACCCUUCCAUAUAACUCAUUUAUAGCGGUCGUGGAAACGUUCCAAGAAACUGAGACGAAAUAGUCAUGGAAACACAGAUGCAGUGAGAAUGGAAGUAUUCCACGCGACGUCUAUAAUAUGGUAACGGAGAUGUGCCAAUGAUCUUAGAUAUAUAGUGGUUGUAGACAUGUUUUACAGAGACUGGGCAGUUUUUUUAUAGGAGGAAAGCGCCUUGGAUUGCAAUUAAUGGAUUUUCUUUAUUCAACUUGGAUAUAUUAAAUUCAGAACAAAUCUACAAUUUAUUGGUAUAUAAACAAUAUAAUAAUUAAUGAAUGAAUAGCAAUGAUGUAUAUGUGCAAUAAAACAAUUAUGGCAUGCUAUUGUUAAGAGCAUAAACUAAAUAGUAAUAUUUUACUGAAAAAUUAAAACCAGUUUUUAAAAAUGACUUCGUGUUCAUUCAUGUGUUGUGUAUCCACAGACAAGUAAACUCGGUAUCUUAUAUAUGUGCCUGGAUAUAACCUUGCUCACAUGUAUUGUCGAGUAAAGUGG